CCGGUGGUACCUUGCGCACAGGGACGUAUCGUAAUCGAGACAACCCGCCCGGCGCCUCCGCAUUUCGCGACUUGUUCAACUUACCGACACGCGAUAGCGCUGUCAUCAACCUCCCCACCAAGUAUCUCCCCAAUGAGAUUCCCGGGCUCGACAGACUCUUCAGGUCCGCCGUACCUGAGCCGGGGGGCCGUUUCAAAAGCGCUCUACCUCCGCCAGCACUCAGUAAACCAGCCGCAGAGUCCAGCGAUCCGCCCCGAGGACCUGAGUGUAACACCCUGGUUCACGACCACCGCCAACACAACAACCACAACCAUCGACGACUCGAUCACCGACUCUACCCAAUGCCUAGAUCGUGCCCUCGAAGCCAGCUCGUACCCCUCAUCUUCAUCUUUCUCCCGCAACAACUUUUCUUCCCUCCCUCCGGGGGCCAGACCCGAGCUCGUCUCCACCAGAGGCAGCAGCAUCGACAGCGACAACCCUCCAAUCAGGCCCCCGGCUCCCCGAAAAGCCUACAUGGACCUCAGCGACGCAAUCGCUCUUCUAGACGAAACUUGUCCCAAUCCCGACGCGAGUCCUUCAUUAACCCCGCGAACUCCGCGAACGCCGCUCAAUGCAAACUCCAGGAACAAGCGCGCCCGUUCCAAGAGCAGCGACAAUUCCUCUAACUACAGCAGCGAAAGGCUCAGCGACCGUUCCUCAACCACUGACGGGUACAAGGAAAAACGCCGUCCUUUUCUCCAGAAAAUUGGAAUUUCCAAAACAGAGGACCGGCCUUUCCUUUCAAAAAUCACCCCUAAAAUUAUCGGAAAGCCUUAUUUAGAAAAAAUCGGACCUAGCAAAGCUCUAGAGCGGCCUUUUCUCGAUAAAAUCGGCUCCUCUAAAACUUUGGAUAAAUUCAAUUUCGAAAGUUUGCGCGAAUUGCCACGUGCUAUGAUUCGCAGAACCCAAACUAUUGUUGAACCGUCUAUUGAACGGACACGUGAGGAGCCUUGCAAAGAUGUAAUAUUGGUAGUAGAAGAGGAGGAGCUCGUAGAGGAGCAAGUUAACCACUCACACUCUAUUGAUCGCAACCGCAAAAGUCUUUUACUAAAAAUGUACUCGUUUGAAACUGAAGAUCUUGAUGAGCAUGGAUCUAUUGACAUUAUCCAAGAAACCGGGCCAAGUUCUUUACCUCCGCUUGAUAAUGACACCUGUUGCCAGCCUAAUAAUGUCCAGAAUUCUCAGGAAAUUCAGAAGAAUUCGAGAACUGGCGCGGAAUUGAUUAAAUGUCGCGUUACGACUAGCGAAGAAAUUGUUUCUAGUGUCGGAUAUUUAGGCUCGCCUAGAACAGCUUCUAGUUGGAGCAAUUCGCCAUUUAGUUCUGGAAAAAAAGAAAGACCUUCGCCUUGUUUGUCCAGGUUGUUGGACAGGAAUUACAGCUCCCGCGAGAUGUCUAUUAGCGACGAAGAAGCCGCUUUGAUUGUUCCAAACUCUCCUACGAAGCGCAGAAUUUCUAAAGUCUCGCCAGAACCGCAAUUGCCUGUAAGAGUGGUGCCCUCUAAGGGAAAAAACUCGUCCCUACCUCGAGAUUUAGAUGCCUCGCCUACUAAAACGCGUCGGCAGGCUUCUGAAGAUAUUCUACCGGAAUCUAAUGGAAAUAAUCAAGAGUUUGGAAGCUUUGAUGAUAAAACUCGGAGCGCUGAAUUGAUUGCUUCGAAAAGUCGCAGGCAAACUUUCAAUGAAACUAUUGAGAAAUUUGGAGGAAGAAGCACUGAUUACAGAACCAAAAGGCAGAUUUCUGAAGACAUUUUGGACAAAACGGAUAAGAAAGAUUGCUACGGACAGCUGAUUAAUGAACGCAGAGGGAUUUCUUCGGAUAAUUUAAUCUACUCGCGAGAAACAGUCGUCGGCUCCGCGCCAUCUGCCUCCUCUUUGGGCUACCAAAGUGGAAGCGACUCUCCGUUUGCCAACAGCCAUCCGUCUUCUAAUAACAGUCAAGAUAUGCUAAGAGGAACCUUCAAAGUCUUACAUGACAAGUUUGAGCUUCAAGAUGUACCUGCUGAAAGUUACGCUGCUUUCAAACGACGCACGCGAAUGACUACAACAAGUUCUGCGGUAAUUUCCACAGAUUUUCCGAUCGUUACCGAGCGGUACAAGUUUGUAGCAAAGGAGACCACUAUUGGUCCUGUUGUCCAGGUGGGAAAAGUCUACGACAUCACGAGUAACAAAGUGUCCAAAGUUAAGGAAGUUAGCGGUAACAAGGAUGAUGAUAAGGACAAUAAAGGAUCCUUUUCAAGCUCUAAUACUGUUAAAUCAGUGCUGAAGAAACAAGACAGGAUUGACAGCACUAAUGAUAGAGAAGCAGAUGUUGCCGGUUCGCUGAUUCGCAGACCAGUCAGGAGGAUUUUUCACGAACCUUCACAAGAAACUAUGGAUCUGCUGACUGAAUUGAAAAGGAUCAAGAGUCUGCUGAAGACUCCGUCGGAAGAAGGCAAAGAUUGGGAGCUGGAUUGUCUGAAACCUGCAAGGCUGCCCAAGAAAAUUUCGCUGUCUGAUAAAGAGUUUUGUCUGUCUGUUGAGAGGGAGAACAGCAUUCGCAGAUCUUCGGUUUUUUUGAGGAUUGGUAAAGGGAAGAAAGAGAAGAAGAAGGAUGAUGAUGAUGAUGCUAAUAAUGAAGAGUCCUGUUUUAAAAAGCCAGAACCAGAAAGCGGACCGGCUUUGUUUGAAAAACGAUGCUUGUCGCUGGAUUAUGCUGAUGAUGUUAAGCCAAUUAAGCCGGAGGCUCGUGCUAUAUCCCUGGCGUCGGAAUGGACUGAUGAGAAGGACGAGGGAAAUUAUAUUGAUCCCGGUAAUUUGAUUUGCGAAUGCGACUGCGACUUUUCGGAUGUCUUUGAGGAAAAUUCGAAGAAGAAAAAUCAGGAGAAGAAAUUGGAGAAUUGUCUGGAUGUGGACAUUGCUAUUCCUGUGGAUCAAAGCGGAUCUGUUAGUCCUAAGAGGAGGGAGAAGAUCCAAGGAAGAACAAGCGAUUUGUACGAGAUUAUCUCCCCGAGAUCUACGCCCUUUAGGGUGAAGAAGAGGCUAGGGAGGAUCUCGGUGGAGGACGGCGUUAAGCCUGAGAGUUUUACUAUUGAUAAGGUCGACUGUAGGUCGGUAGUCACGCAAAAAAAGACCAAGUGCUUCCCCUUGUAACGGCUUGCCUGCGGCCAACGCCUUUUUGUUUAUUUUUUUUACAAGCGGGCCCUGGACCAGUUUUGUAUUUUCUUACUAUGUUAAGGAAAUAGUUUUUUUUCGGUCGUUUUCACGAGGGUUUCUUGGGUUUUUUUUUUAACUUUGAUGAAAUUAGAUUUUUAAUGUUUGUUUCGUAAUUUUUUUAUAGGUUAGGAGAGAUUUUUAGAGGUUAUAUUUGUUGGAGUUUGAGAGAGAUUGACUAUAUUUGGUUUCUAAUAAGGGCCAGUUUUUCAAUCAGGGAUAAAAUUUUAUCCGAGAUAAAAGUACUACCAAUAUAAUUAAAAAAAAAUAAUAAUUCAGCGACGUGAUAUUGCUCUCUGUUAAUUCUCCAUGAAUUUGGUCAUUCAUUUGAAUGAAAAUAAAUAAAUAAAUAAAAUAAUAAUAACCUCUUAUUGUGUCAAUUAAAUUAUUUUAAAUUAAUUAACACAAUUUUAAAUUAAUAAUAGAUAUGUCAAACGCAAGAAGCACAUCCACUUUAGUCUUACAUUGAAUAAUAAAAUGUCCUCGAUGAAUGAAAAUUAAGUUAGCCGACAUUUGAAAAUUUUUAGAAUUUUUU